GUUGCAAUCUUGCAACGGCGCCGGCGUUGGUGACCAUGGUGGCGGCGACCAUCACGAAGACGGCCCGUGGGACGCACGUCCUGGACAUCCACGGCUUCAGCGGCCUGAGGAAGAAACAAUGUGACGUAGAUGGCUUUCUGUACUCGCCGACCUUCACCGUCAGCGGCCUCGACUGGGCAGUCCGCUACUACCCCGACGGCGAUAACCACCAUGCCGGCGGCAACUUGGAGUUGUCGGACCAUGUUGCCGCCUUCGUCGAGCUAGUGACCGAGGGCGCUGCGGCCUGGGCGCGCGUCGGGUUCGGGCUGGUCGACCAGACCACCGGCGAGACGGUGCCGCUGUUCCGCGAGAAGGAUCCGAUCCUGUUCGACGCCAGCAGCGAGGACACGUGCACCUGGGGCACCGGCGAGCUCGCCAGGAGGAGGCACCUCCAUGCCGGCUCGCGGUACGUCAUCGGUGACCGCCUCAAGAUCGAGUGCGCCAUCGACGUCUGCAGCGACCUUCUCACCUUCGACGACCCGCCACCGUCCUCCGGCCUGCCGCUCUUCCAGCAAGCCGGCUACUGCAGGGAGGAGCCGGACGUGAUCAUCGAAGUCGCAGGAGAGACGAUCGCCGCGCACUACUGCAUCCUCGACGCCCGGGCGCCUGGCUUUCUCAAGCGCCACAUCCACACAGCGACGACACGCAGCGACAGGAAGGUGCAGAUCUCCGUGGACGGCGGAGACAUGCCGGCACAGUCGUUCAAGGCGCUGGUCGACUUCGCCUACACGGACGCGCUGCCGGUCGUGGGUGGCCUUAAUGGGGCCGGCCACAAGGCGAUGAUCCGGCACCUCCUUAUCGCCGCCGAGCGGUACGGCAUGGGCAGGCUGAGGGCGAUCUGCGAGCGUGUCCUGUGCAAGAGCCUCGACGUCGAGACCGUGGCAGCCACGCUGGCCAUGGCUGACCGACACGGCUUCAAGAAGCUGAGUGAAGCUUGCGCCGAGUUCAUGGCUUUUCCCUGAGAUUUUUUUUCAAAACUAUCAUGUUUUUUUAACAAUUUCGGAAACUAUAGGACGUAAUGCAAAAAAAUCAAAACUAGUAGCCCGUAGGCCAUUUUUUGACCGAAGUACUACUUUUCGGCCACAGUUAGGCCGAAGUAGUACUUUCCGGCCACUGUUAGGCCGAAGUAGUACUUUUCGGCCAUCCCCUGGCCGAAAAGGCACUUUUUGGUCAACUCUAGGUCGAAAUAGACUUUUUGGUCUAGUCUAGGCCGAAAAGUCACUUUUUGGUCAAUCCUAGGCCGAAGUUGCAUGACUCAUGCUGAAAUGUAUUUUGU